AUGUUAUUUCAAGCUGUUCGCUCAAGCCAGAGUUAUGAGGAAGUUAUGGAUGUACUCUCUCGUCAUGCCCAUAAGUCCGGCUAUAAGGGAGCCAAUGAGCUCCUCGGGAUGUGGGAGGAGGACAGGUCUGAUCGCCUAACAGCCUCUACGGGUCGCCGAGACCAACGAGACUAUGAUAUACCAAGACCUAAGUUUAAGUCUGGUUCUCAUCGUCAGGCCAAAGACAACCAUGGAAAAGAGUCUAUUCCUCGAGCCAUGCUAUCCUCUAGGGCACCUAAAACUACUGGUGGUGGGCAAAAGCGACCAGUAUCCUUCUUUGAUCCUGAGAACACAGGACCACCGAGGAAGAGAACAAGAGUUACUGCUGUUGAUCAUGCCAAGGCUCAUGGAGUAUCUGAGUCACUCGCGAAAGAGAGGCUAGAGAAGGGCCAGUGUGCUAUCUGCGGCUCAGCAGAUCACUUCGCUCGGAGAUGUCCGAGGAACUCGCAGACCAAUGUCCACGACCGUCCAACUGACGAUUCCAAGGGUGAGCGUACUGAGACGGCCCUACUAACCCUGGGUAAGGCCGAAGUUCUGGCUGGGACAGUUGAGGUAUCACCUACUAACAAUGACCCGGGAACAACUUAUGUUACCCAUGCUCGGGCUGGCUUUGAUACCAUGUGUUCCCAGAAUCUCGUUUCCAGGGGGUUGGUAUCUAUGCUUAAAGUCACUCCUACCUCAGGAGAAUGUGUUAAGCUUCAAACGGCCGGUGGGGCUAGGGAGGCACAAGAAUGGGUCACUCUAACCGUAAAACGUCCUGGCUUCCAAGUCCAGCUACAACUAUUGGUGGUAGACUCCCUACCUGAGAUAGAUCUGUUGGUGAGAAAGGCGGACCUUCCAUCCCUCGGGUACCAAAUUAUCGAUCAUGCCCCUCAAGAAGAGCCCGCUGAUCCGGUUACUCGAGCUCAGAAAGCCUUGGCUGACUGUCUGGAUGUUUGGAUCCCCUUACCUGGUGCACCAAAGUAUCGUUCGCGCUUACGGCGCCUCCGUGCGGGAGAACAUAAAGAUGACCCCAAACAGAUCUAUGUGUUUGAGAUUGAUUGGGACGAUGUUCGACUGGAAGGCAAACGGUUGAAUGAGUACCAACGCUUUUCGCGGAGGGCUAACAUCGAUUACAGCGUACCUAUGCUCAAUCGUCUUUCGGCGGAAGAGACUAGUAGCUACACAGAGGAGCUGAACGGCAUGAUCGAUCGACG